ACACCGGAAAGCAGCCGGGGACAUCGCGGGGACCGGGCGGGGAGGAAGCGCCGGGGGGCCGCGGGACGGAACGGGGUGACCGCGGAACCGAGCGGUUCCGGGGGAACCGGGGGGCGGGGAGGUCGGGGAGGACUGGGGGACAAACCCGGGGGUCCCGCGGUGCCCGGCCCGGGCUCCUGCACCCCGCGCCCACCGCUGUGACCCGGGCUGGCCCCACAGCUGCGCUCCCCGGCUCUGCUCCCCGGUCCCCGCUGCACCCGCGGUGCCCGAGUGCCCCCCGCUCUCCCCGGUCCUCUCCGCGCCCUCUCUUGUCCCCCCGGUGCUCCCGCCCCUCGGCUCCGCCCAUCCCGGUGUCCCCGCCCAUCCCGGUGUCCCCGCCCAUCCCGGUGUCCCCGCCCCCGCCGCGGCGGGCAGGACCGUGCGGGCUGCGGGCUGGCACCGGGCCCGCCCAGCACCGGACCGGCACCGGCACCGGCACCGGCACCGGCACCAGCCCCCGCCCGGCCCAUGGCGGCUCCGGCAGCGGCCGCCACCGGAGGCAGCCGGUGAGCCCGGGCCCGAGCGGGCUGGUGACACUGCUGGUGACACGGCCGGUGGCACGGCGGGACCAUGCAGGCGGAGGCCAGAGGGGAAUUCUGCAGCCGGGACCAGCGCCCCGAGCUUGGCAAGGAGCCCCUGGUCCCGGAGCGCCCCGCAGGGACCCCCACCCACGGGCCGGCCCAGGAGACCCCCCGAGUCCCCGCGGAGGAGCAGGGUGGCAUCCCCAUCCCCAGCGCCGGCCUGCUGCAGGUCACCGAGCGCCGACAGCCCCUGAGCAGCGUGUCCUCGCUGGAGGUGCACUUCGACCUGCUGGACCUGACCGAGCUGACGGACAUGUCGGACCAGGAGCUGGCCGAGGUCUUCGCCGACUCCGACGAGGAGAACGCGGCGGCAGAGACGCCCGGCGGGCUGCAGCCGCCGGCGGCCCCGCGGGCCGGGUACCUGCGCUCGCCCUCCUGGAGCCGCGCCCGGGAGCAGGGCCGGGACAAGAAGCACCUGAGUGACCCCGAGCUGCCGCCGGGACCCCCGGGACCCCCGGACGCCUUCCUGCCCGCCGAGCGCCCGCGGGAGCCGUAGGGACAGAACCCGCCGCGGGACACCGGGACACGCCGGUGCUGGUCCCGUCGGUACCCACGGAGCCCGUCCCCGGGCGCAGGACUCCCGUUAGCCCGCCCGGAGGGCAGAGGCGGCCCCAGCCCCGCGGCGGGGACCUACCGGGCUGCCCUCAGCCCGCGGCCCCGGGGGGAAACCGGGCCGGUCCCGCCGGCCCCGGGAGCGGCGGAUGGGGCAGGACCGGACGGGCCGCACGGCUCAGCGCGGCCGGUGCCGGUGCCGGUGCCCGCCCGGUUCUGAUGUAGCAGUGCUGUGAUCCGGUAAAACCGA